AUGGCGAACCAAGCACCAUCGACACACAAGGCCUGGCAAUACACCAGCACAAGUGGCGGGCUCGAGAAAAACCUCAAACUCAACCCAUUCGUACAGACCCCAACGCCCGCGCAAGACCAACACUUAGUGAAAAUCAUUGCUACAGCCCUGAAUCCCAUCGACUACAAGCCGGCCUCCAUCCCAUUCGUUGGUCGAUUUCUACGCCCAAAAUUCGCCACUCCUUGUUCUGACGUGGCAGGCAGGAUCGUUACACCAGCGCGCGGUUCAUCUUUGAAACCAGGACAACUUGUGUUUGGGGUUUCGGGCAAAAGCCCCAUCGCUGGAGGCGGACUCUCCGAGUAUGCUCUCUGUCAGCAUGAUCAUGUUGUCGCAAUACCUGAAGGAAUUGAGCCCAAGAAUGCGGCUUGUGUGCCCGUUGCAGCUUUGACGGCCUAUCAAACUAUUGUUCCAAAGGUGAAAAGCGGUGAUAGGAUCUUCAUCAAUGGCGGCUCGGGCGGGACUGGAAUCUUUGGAAUCCAGGUUGCAAAGGCAGUCGGCUGCUAUGUCAUCACGUCGUGUUCCACGCCGAAUGUCGAACUUUGCAAGAGCCUAGGUGCUGAUGAAGUCAUUGACUAUCGGAAGCAGAACGUGAUCGACACACUCGCUGCAAAGGACGUCAAACUCGAUCAUCUGGUCGAUAACGUCGGCGAGGAUCCCAAGCUGUACUGGAUGUCUCAUAGGUUCACCAAGCCAGAAGCUGAAUACAUCAUGGUUGGCGGUUGGAUUUCUUUCACCAGCACGAUAAAUUUGCUGAAAAUCAAAUUCCUGCCCAAGUUUCUGGGUGGCGGGCAGCGAAAGUACUCGGGGUUCUUCACCAAGGCGAGCACACAGGACUUGAACCAUGUUGCGGAGUGGAUGGUUGCAGGAAAGGUCCGUGCAGUCAUUGAUCAGGAGUUUUCUUUUGAGCAGGCCCCGGCAGCAUUCGAGAGGUUGAAGACGGGCAGGGCAAAGGGGAAGAUUUUGAUUUCUGUGAGCAGUGAUUGA